AUGGUGGCCUCAUCAAGCUGCCUCUCUAACAGAAGCUUCGACCUCCCUUUGAUUUCGUCUUAUCUUCCUCGCCCAGCAAUCCAAUAUGUUUCUCCCUCUUCAAAUCUCAUAUCAGCUAGCAAUUUCGGCUGCAUCUCAUUAUCUCGCAGAUUUGGGCUAAAAAAUGCGGGUCAGAUCACGUGUUCUGCGUCAUUCGGAUCCCGAAUGGAGGAGGCUGUGAAGAAGACGGUUGGUGAAAAUCCGGUGGUUGUUUAUUCCAAAUCUUGGUGCUCGUACUGUUCGGAGGUAAAAUCAUUGUUUAAGAGGCUUGGUGUGGAACCACUUGUUAUCGAAUUGGACCAGUUAGGUCCUCAAGGACCACAACUGCAGAAGACUCUGGAAAGACUUACUGGACAACAUACUGUUCCUAAUGUUUUCAUAGGAGGCAAGCAUAUUGGCGGUUGUACAGAUACUGUGAAACUGCACAGAAAAGGGGAACUCGAGCCUUUGCUGUUAGAAUCUGGCGCAAAGAAGUCAAGAAGUUAG